CAUUUAUAGCCUAGAAAUGUUAUGUAAUCUAUGGUCCCAAUCAGUGGAGGAGUCACAAAACCUGUCUCCACAGAUUAUAAAGUAAGAAUAAAGAAAUUAUUUUUAUUACACAAGGUUGAAGCAUGAACUCUUAAGGAAAAGCAAAUAAAUUUAUCUGUUGGUUUGUUAUGUGCGAUUAAAUAAUAAUUAUACUCUUGAAGUGAACAAUUUGGCCGUGUAUAUUCUUAUUUGAUUUGAUAAACUUUUCAAUAAGUCGUUAUCAGUUAGUAUCAUGUUGGCACUUUCUUUAAUUAUUAUAUAGAUGAAUAAUGUUUUUCUACAAAUAACUGAAGGUGAAAAUAAAAUUAAUAAAACCAAGAAAACCAGGAAAAUGUCUAGUGCAGAUGCUCAGGACCGAUUGAAGCUAUAUAAAUUCACUAAAAUAUUGACUUUAAAAAUUGCGCAAAUUGUAGUUCAAAGUCGACAAGGGAGAAAAAUUGUUCAUCUGUACAACACUACUAAACCAUCAGAUGAUAAUGUAAUAUGUGAUACAACAUGUACACCAAAUAAUUUACAAUGGUUUAUUUAAUGUUGCAGUUUAAUCUUUCAAUACCAGACGUACCAGACGUAAACAAUGACACGAAACGUGUUCUAAAUGGUGAGGUCAUACAAGCACUCUCAAAUGUCCUCUGUAUUGAAAUAUCCUUACAUACAAAUGAUGGAGAUGACAUGGUGUUGGAGUUUUGGACUGUAAAAAUAGGUCCUCUUCAUGAUGCAACCAUUACUUCCAUAUCCACUAUAUACUAUAGAAUGAGUAUAAUGUUAAAAUCAACCUUGAGCAUAUCUAGAAUAACACCAGCAUAUAAAAUGUCUCGCUUGCAAAACAAAGAUUGCUAUCAAAUCUCACAUAAGAUAUAUGGUGGCCAGCCAAAUUUGGACCUUCUUGGUAAGAAGUAUAAAAAUAUAAAGGUUGGUGAAUUGCACAUGCCAAUAGGUACUGUAGAAAUUGAGGUUUCAUAUAGAACUGAAAUGACUAUUUUGCCAGAACCUAGAAGUAGGGUACCAAGCUAUGGUGAAGUUCAAAAUAUAUCCAAUAGUGACAUAAUGGUCAAAAGUGACCAUUUUCCAAAGGAAAUUCCUAGGAAAACUAACUGUGAUAAGAAAAAAGUUGACCUUUCAAAACCCUUAACAGCUGGUGCCUUUGUAGAUACCAUAAAACUAAGGGAAUUACAUGAUGCAUUAUAUCAACAAUUACCACCCGCACCACCAAUGGAGUGGCUUUUAGCCGAAAAAGAUAAAAUGGAAAAAAAGAUAAACUUGUCAAUGGCUGAUGCUCUCUCAAAGCCCGGUCCUAGUUCUGAAGCUGAACCUACAUUAGCUCCAGAUGCAAGCAAAGCUGUUGAAGUGCCUAAGUGCAAGGAUAACAAAUAUGCCAGUCUAAUGGAUUUCCCAUUUGCUGAUGGCAGCCCAAUAACCGAACUGGCCAAUUUCUACCAAGAAUGUUUACAAGCGCGUUCAGCCAGCGAGGCGUGGACGAAUGAAUCCAUAUCAACCGAUUCGGAGAACCUUUCACAGCAACUCAAAAUGUAUGAAGAGGCAGUGCCCGAGUUUGACAGUAUGGUAGAGUCUAUGUUCAGUAAUACUGAAUACGGGUCUGAUCACACCUAAAAAUAUAUACAUUUAAUUAGUAUAUAAUAUGAUAAGUCUAGCUACUAAAUUACAGUUUUUGUUGUUGACAACACUUACGUCAUUAUAGUUCGACAGUCAUCAUCUCGAUUCUUAAUAUGAAAAAAGUAUACAUUAUGUAUAAUUUUUGUGAAUAAAUAAAAAUAAUAAUUAUAUUUAGUCCGCAUAGUCACCACGCCGGCUCACUUUUCGCAGACUACAUCUUAAAACUACAACUUUACAAAUUUUUAAACACUACUCAGAGAGGGGAGGAAUUUUACUUUAUACCUACUUAUAUUUUUCGCACAAAGUGAACUUGAUUAAAAUAAAAAAGCAAUUGAAUUUUCUUCCAAGUAAAAAUGUUAAAAAGCUUAAAUUUUAUUGAUUUCCUUUACCGCUACGUACCUAAAUUACUAAGGCUACUUCGCCUCCAUGUGGUGUAUGCAAAAGUAGACUAUUAAAUUUCUUAUGGGUUCUCUAAGAUUUACCAUGAGUUUGAUAAAAUAUCAAAUGCUAUCGUAAAAUACUGGUUAUGCGUGUUGGUUGAGGCAAACUAAUAUUUGACGCAGUUAUUUUGGUAGGUAUUUUGAACUUUGUCAAACUCUUGACAAAUUGAUUAUAUAUAGAUAAAAUUGUGUUACUUAAUUUUCGGGUUUCCCACA